GUAAAAUUCCUCCUUCCCGUUAGCGCAACAGUUGUUUGGAUUGUUUGUCAACUUGUUUAGAACAUACCACCACUUUAUUGGAAUUAUUUGUUGCGAUCUGAGUUCUCGCCAAGGGGGAACCUUCAGUCAAUGUCUCAGAUUGUGUGAAUAAAUUUAUUAAACUCACAAUCAGUUUGUGCUGUUACCAUUAUGAGUUCAAGAAAGCAGAAACGAAGAAGUGACAACAAUUUUUCAGAGGCGCUAUGGCAAGCAGCCGUAUCCAAGGAUACAGAGAAAGUACACAAGUUGAUUGCUAAGCAUGCUAAUAUGUCUGUCACUGCUGAAAAUGGUUAUGAUCAGUGUACACCACUUCACUGGGCAGCUAGCCAGGGUGACUUAUCAAUAGUGAAGCUAUUGUUGGAAAGUGGAGCCGAUAUCAAUGCACAGACAACAGAGCACGGUUUGAUGCCAGUUCAUGAAGCGGCUAUCAAUGGACACAGCGAUGUUGUUGAAUACCUUCUUUUGCAUGGUGCUUCACUGGAAGGACGAGACACCAAGUAUUUCUUUACUCCACUGCUAUGGUCUGCUCAGUAUGGUCACCAUAAAACAGUCAGAACACUGUUAAAACAUGGUGCUAGCGUCACUGCUUGCGAUAGCAAGCAAGGACAGACUUCUCUUCAUUUGGCAGCUGCACGAGGUCAUUGUAAAGUCAUUGAGUUGUUGAUUGAUAAGGGUGCCAAUGUAAUUGCAAGGGACUCUGAGGUUCGAGCCACUCCACUUCAUGCUGCAGCUAGUAGCGGUGAUGUAGAUGCGGCUGAAUUACUAUUGCAAUAUGGUGCUGAUAUUAAUGCUAAGAACAAGAGUGGUAACACAGCAUUACAUGUUGCUGCAUGGUUUGGUCAUCCAGACAUUGUACACCUACUGAUAUCAGAACAAGCCGAUCUCACAGUCACAAACAAGUAUGCAAGAACACCUCAGGACACUGCCAGGGAGUCUAACCAAUAUAAAUCCAAAUCCACUAGAGCGCAAGUCAUUAAAAUGCUGGAUUCAGCCAACAAGGUCAUGAAAUUACAUGAAGCAACUUCAAGUGGAGACGUUCAUCAAGUCAAACAAUUCAGUUCAGGCUUAAAAGAUGGUGUCAAUGUUAUGCUAGAAGUGGAUUAUGAAAAUACAAAUGACAGUGACAAGCAGACUCCGCUCCAUAAAGCUGCUGAGAGAGGUGAUGGUGAUGUCAUUAAUGUGUUAAUAGAUAAUGGCGCUGAUGUCGAUGUCAAGACACCACAAUGGGGUUAUACAGCGCUGCAUAGAGCAUCUCAUUUCGGACACACCAAAGCAGUGAAGACACUGUUAAAAAAUAACGCAGACACUGAAGUUAGAGACUAUGUGCAUGGGGCGACACCACUACAUAUUGCUGCCAAUAGUAACCAUGACGAAACUACUGAUGUCCUUCUGAAGUAUGAUGCAUAUAUAGAUGCCCAAGACAAGUAUGGCUACACACCAUUACACAGAGCUGCUCUCCAUGGUCAUAUUCAGACAUGUAAAGUGCUUAUAAACUGUGGUGCUAAUGUAGAGGUCAGAAAUGAUAUGCAUGAUCAAACACCUCUUCACUUAGCAGUCGUCCAUGGACAUGAACAUGUGGCUGAACUCUUGGUUAAACAUCAUGCAAGAAUUGAUUCAGAAAAUAAGGAUGGUAACACUAUGCUGCAUUUGGCAGCUGCUCACAACUGCUAUAACUUUGCAGAGCAAUUAGUAUUAGACAUAUUUCCUCUGCUAAUAUCAUAUGCGGAUGUACAAAACAAGGAUGGAGACACACCAUUACAUCUCGCUGCUAUGUUUGGUAAUGUGGCUAUAAUACGAAUACUCGUGUUGUAUGGUUGCCAACUCAAUAUUGUUAACUGCGAUGGGAUCACUGCAAGAGAGCUAAUUAAACUAUCACCACAGUAUAAAACUGACAAAGACAGACAAAGAGCAUUAAAGAUAUUCCAUGUCGCCAAGGAAGCACAGGGAGAAUUAUUGACUGCUGUGUUCUUAGUAAUUGCUAAGAAAUAUCACAUGAAGUGGCCAGCGUUGGCCAAAAAACUCAACAUCUUGAACUAUGAAAUUAAGUGCAUUGCUGAGAAUCAUGCAGAUGACUCUGAGAAACAGUGUUAUGAAAUGCUGGUCCUUUGGAGCCUCAAGAACUUCUAUGACACUAAUUUAUUCCAGAAGUUGCUUAAAAUCUUAAGGAAGUGGAAAAACAGGAAAUUAAUUGAGCAAGUGAUUGUGAAACAUCACGAAAGAAUGGGAAUAGUGUUCAAGAAACACAAAAUAUGA